CCCCGCCCCGCAAACCAUAGAGUACUGGAAAAAGCGGGAGCGGAAGUGUCAGGAGGAGAAGGCGGCGGCCGGCCGUUUGGUUCACGUUAAAAUGACGACCUUAGUGCUGGAUAACGGAGCCUACAAUGCCAAAAUCGGUUACAGCCAUGAAAACGUGUCGGUAAUUCCUAACUGUCAGUUCAGGUCAAAAACAGCACGUCUUAAAACUUUUACUGCUAACCAGAUAGAUGAAAUAAAGGACCCUUCUGGACUCUUUUACAUUCUUCCUUUUCAGAAGGGCUACUUGGUGAAUUGGGAUGUUCAAAGACAAGUUUGGGAUUACCUUUUUGGAAAAGAAAUGUAUCAGGUUGAUUUUUUAGAUACCAAUAUUAUUAUUACAGAACCAUACUUUAACUUCACUUCAAUUCAAGAAUCAAUGAAUGAAAUCCUAUUUGAAGAAUAUCAGUUCCAAGCAGUCUUAAGAGUAAAUGCUGGUGCUCUCAGUGCACAUAGGUAUUUUCGAGAUAAUCCUUCUGAAUUAUGCUGUAUCAUUGUAGAUAGUGGAUAUUCCUUUACACAUAUAGUUCCUUACUGUAGAAGUAAAAAGAAAAAAGAAGCAAUUAUUCGGAUAAAUGUGGGAGGAAAACUCCUAACCAAUCAUCUAAAGGAGAUCAUCUCUUACAGGCAGCUACAUGUUAUGGAUGAAACACAUGUGAUUAAUCAAGUGAAAGAAGAUGUGUGCUAUGUGUCUCAGGAUUUUUAUAGAGAUAUGGAUAUUGCAAAGUUGAAAGGAGAAGAAAAUACAGUAAUGAUAGACUAUGUUUUGCCUGACUUUAGUACAAUUAAAAAGGGCUUUUGUAAGCCAAGGGAAGAGAUGGUGUUAAGUGGAAAAUAUAAGUCUGGGGAACAAAUUCUUCGUCUGGCCAAUGAGAGAUUUGCUGUUCCAGAAAUACUCUUUAAUCCUUCUGAUAUAGGCAUUCAAGAAAUGGGUAUUCCAGAAGCUAUUGUCUAUUCAAUUCAGAACUUACCUGAAGAAAUGCAGCCGCAUUUUUUUAAGAACAUUGUUUUGACAGGAGGAAAUUCCCUUUUCCCAGGAUUUAGAGAUCGGGUUUACUCAGAAGUUCGAUGUCUCACUCCAACAGAUUAUGAUGUUUCAGUUGUGCUGCCUGAAAACCCUAUUACUUAUGCCUGGGAAGGUGGAAAAUUGAUAUCAGAGAAUGACGAUUUUGAAGAUAUGGUAGUAACAAGAGAAGAUUAUGAAGAAAAUGGACAUAGCAUCUGUGAAGAGAAAUUUGAUAUUUAAGAAACAUUCUGAAUUAAAGGUUUAAUUUCAAUUAUCUUUUUAAAGUAGGUUAAGGACCUGUGUUACCUUUCAUCCUAAGAUAAGCUCUUAAACUUAUGUAAAUACUUUGAUCCUUGGCUAAUUUUCAAAGGUUUCUUAGCUACAUUAUUACAGUAAACUGUAUCUCAGCUCAUAUUUUCAUUUAGGAGUUAGACUACCAUAACAGUGCUCACAUUGUUCCUGAGAGUAGGUUAUCUUUCAUUAGAAGAUGAAAGAGUGAAUGCAUUUUAAAUUUAAUUCCUUAUAGCUGAGAGCAUGAACAUACCUGUCUCACUGGUCAGUUUUCCUUGGAAGGCUGUUUUGUGUGACUUUGAGUUGGGAGGGAUUGGCUAAAGUGUUUUCUGGCUGAUAUGAUUUCUCUUUUAUAACUACGUAUUUUAUCUAAAAAUUGUCAUUUUUAUUUAUACAUACUAAAGUUGGGAAGACUAAUCUUAUUUGUGUUUUACAUUUAUUUUUUAUUUAGAAUAAGUUGGAAAGGGUGGAAACCAAAGCCAAUUUAUUAAAGUGCUUUUUGAUCAGUACUGUGUUGGCAGAAAUGUAUUAUUUCAUUCAUAAAAAUACUGUACCGUUUUUUAGGAUGAAAAGAAAUUUGAAGUUAACUCAGGGUUGGUCAAAAGCUCUUGAAACAAAUGUUAGUGGUUUGUUUUAAAAAUGCUUAUACGGGGUGCAAAAAAAAAAAACCCUUAUAUGACUCACAGUAGACACAGUAAGCUGUUAAAAGCUACAGAUUUCCCAUUUAAGGGAACAGCUGGUAAUGACGUUAAUGAAUGGAGCAGGUAGGCUUCUGUGCUUGCAGACAGUAGGAACUCAUUUGGGCUAUCCUAAGCAAAACAAAAUUUAUCAGUAGGACAGAGUUUUGUAAAAUUAGAAGAAAAGACUGGACCAACAGCCUUAGGAAGGAUAAAAAACCAGGAUAACCUUAGGAAUCUAGGUUACAGAAAUUGAGAAACAGUCCUUUUAGAGACCUGCCAUCAAAAUAGCUUCUCUAUUUUCUAUCUUAAUGUCAUUAUGUUCAUGAAUCAAAUCCCUACCAGUUUCUUUAUCCUAGUUAGGAUCAUGCAUUUACCCCAUGCCUUCAGGGACUUUGACAGUGCUACUAAGAUAGCAUAGAGUAAAAGCAAGUAGUUUCCCAAAGGAAAAUUAAGGUGAAGAGACAGAUGCUGAUCAGAGUGAAAGAGAUGUCAAGUACAAUUUCACUUGGAUUUUGUUGGGUUGGGACUUGGUCAGUCCUUCCUAGACUUAGGCUGGAAGUUGCAAAUUAAGUGUGUGUUACCCAGUUACUAGCACUUAAUCUGUGGGCAGUGUAGCAAGAAGGUGCUGAUAGUAUAAAAUAAGGUUUUGCAGCCAUUCAGUGUAACUGUUAGAAUUUCAAGAUGAUGUGGUGGAGGUAAAAAGGUAGGUCCCUAUUUAAAGGGCUUCCUUGACUUGGCAGGAUCUCAUGUUGGACAGGCAGAAUACUUAAUCAUCACCAACCAGGUGUUUUUCCUGCGAGGAGCAAGCAUUCCUCAAAGCUGCAUUCCCAGAACAUGCCCUGGCCUUGAAGUCUUCUGUUACAUUUUGCUGAGAAUGAUGUGUGUGUGUGUUCACAUGUACUACAGUAAACUAAUUUCUGUAUGCAGUGUGCAUCUCAUAGUGGUCAUCUUUGAGACACAAAAAAUUCAUUUCUGAAAUUAAUGAACAUAGACCUUUAUCCUCUGUCUCUAGAGCAUUAAAGCUCCCAUCCAUUUCAAUACCUAUCUAAUUUAGAAACUUUAUUGCUAGGGAUUUUAUUUUAAUAUUAUACAGUAAGUUGACUUUAAAGGGAACAUUUACCAUUAGUUAUAAAUAAUAACAUUGAAGUGAUAUAUUAAAGAUAUCAAUUAUUUUGGAAAGAUACUGAUAAAAUCCUAAUUUAAAAUUCAUUAAAAGUGGGGUGAGAACUUAGCUACGUUAGAGUUCAUAAUUUUUAACUGUAAAUUGCAUACGUGGAAAUAUGUUCCAGUGUUGGCCAUGCAUUGUAUAACCCUUAAGACAAUAAAUAGUUCGGAUUUACAUCAAUGAUUAAGACAGAGCAGUCCUCUCAAACACUUUUCUAUCUUGAUUUUGGAAAUUUUUAAUUUAGUGGUGUUUGGCAUGGAAUAGCAAACUGAUCAUAUUCACCUACUUCAUGUCCCAAAUCCCUUUAAACAAUUCUAGUAGAGAAGGGAAGAACGUAAAUGAGAUCGGGAGGAAUACACAGGGAACACUUCAGUGCUAUUUGUGAUAAAUUCUUUCUCAAGUUGGAUGAUGGGCACAUGGGUGUUCAUCGUAGUAGAAUCUAUACUGUGUGCGUGAAAUAGUUCGUACUGUAUCUUGAUAGAAGAGUAAAUCCUUAAGUGACUCUAGGAAACACAAAGGGUGCUAUUGAUGAACAAAAGUGGAGGAAUUUCUAAAAGAAGAAAAAUAAAUGAGGUUAGAUUGUUAGAGAAUCAAGAACAAGAAAGCCCAUGUCCCAGAUCAGAGCAGGAGAAAACUACUAAAUACAUAAAAAUUCCAGAGAUAUUUUAAUCUUAGGACAAAUACAGAGAAUAGGAGAUCAUGGGCGAGCCAUUAAAAGAAUGAAUUGGAAACAGCUGAGCCUUACUUUCUUGGAAUUGAGGCUCAGCAGAAAGAGUUGAAGUGUAAGGGUUGGACAGGGAAACAAUCUAAAAUAGUUUUAUAUCCACUAAAGACAUCAGAGUAAAAAAAAAAAUCUUAAAGGGAACAGCUGAUUGUGGCACUGAUCUCAGGCUAAAAAUAAGAGCUCAUGCUUCAUUAGAAAGAAUUCUGACAAGGCAGGACCCUAGGGCACUUAGCACCAUAGGUCCUCCUACCGAGGAAAGGCACCAUAAUUUGAUCUUAGAUUCAACAGGUAGACAGGAAUUUGUAAAAGAAAAAAAAAAAAGGACAACCAAACAUUAAACAUUUGAGGGAUACUUAAAACACCACAAUGGUGGGGCGCCUGGGUGGCUCAGUUGGUUAAGCGACUGCCUUCGGCUCAGGUCAUGAUCCUGGAGUCCCGGGAUUGAGUCCUGCAUCGGGCUCCCUGCUCGGCGGGGAGUCUGCUUCUCCCUCUCCCACUCCCCGUUUGUGUUCCCUCUCUCGCUGUGUCUUUCUCUGUCAAAUAAAUAAAUAAAAUCUUAAAAAAAAAAAAACCACCAUAAUGUACACCAAUCCAACAAACAAGAAUGAACCCCUAAGGGAAUAAAAUAAACUUUGUAAUAGUCUCUAAAAGACUAAUGAGGCGAUUGCAUCUAUCACAACACGUUACUAUAACAAAGACAGAUCCUAGAAAUUUAAAAAUAGGAUUACUUAUGCUUAGUUGAUGGGCUGAAUAGCAGAAUGGACACUACCAAAGGCUAAAAAGCCGAGGGAACUUUCCCAGAAUGUAGCACAAUUGAGCAAGCGCUAGGAUGGCUGGGGCAAGAAGCUAGCCAGCAUUCACAGUAUAGGCUACGUUGUCCCCUUGAUACCAAGAGCCUUCCCUAUAGAGGCCUUUUGAUGAGCUUUCACAUAAAACACAAAUAUCCUCACACUUGGGGACUACUCUGAGACAUCCAUCCAUAUACUUCUUUCCUAAAGUUUCUAGUUGCCAGGUUUCUUGUAGUUGUCGAGUGUCUGAUCCUCUGGUCAAACCAUUAGACAUCAUCUCCAUACAUAUGUUCAUGCAAACUGAACAAGAGAGACUGCUCUCGGUUCUGCUGUCUGGGCUCAUUGCCCUGCCCCGCUGCAGGUUAAGCAUGCACAGCAGCAUGUUAGUGUCAAGAGGAAGUGGUAUCUACAAGAUUAGACUCAGGCUGGACAAGUACAUUUCAUGAGCUCAGGCUCAGAGCACUUAUAUUGCACACACUGUUUACCUUCCCUCAGCCCACAUCUGUGACCUUAUGGAGGUUACCUAAUAACCAGAGAAAAAAUUCAAACCUGGUUUACAGGUGGUUCCAUGUGGUAUGGCGGGUCCCAGCCAGAAACAGAGUGCUGGCACAGAUCAAUUAUUAUUAUACUUAUGAAUAAAUCCGGCAACAAAAGAGUUGCCUAGUAUCACUGGUCAGAGUCAAGUGACAAGAGCUGGGGUUGUGAUACUAACAUUUUGGAUUUUAUGGUCAAAAAUCUUUUUAGCACAUAAGCAAUUGUAUACUAAAAACACUUCCAAAAACACUUGUAGAGAGUACAGGGAAGAAAGAAUGCCAGAGAAAAAGGUCUCAAGAAUGCCUUUUCAGUCUUGAACAUUCUUUAUGUAUAUAAAUUAUGAGAGAAAAGUUUUGUCAAAACAUUUAUUUCUUCCAGUUAGAAAAUCUUUCUUUUUUUUAGAGAGAGAGAGAUUGGGGGAGGGGCAGAGGGAGAGGGAGAGAGAGAAUUCCAAGCAGGCUCCAGGCUCAGCAACACGGAGCCCAACAUGGGAUCCAUCUCACGACCCUGAGAUCAUGACCUGAGUCAAAACCAAGAGUUGGAUGCUUAACCGACAGCCACCAGGCACCUCAAAAAAAAAAAAAAAAAAUUCACGUGGGUAGUACCUGAGAAUGUGCCUGAGAAGUUUAAGCAGAGUCUUAAGCACUAAUGAAUCAGACUGUUAAUUUUCACAGAAAUUUACUGAAUAUUCUAACAGGAGGUAAUCUUUUUGAUGACUGGAGCUGAACUUUAUUUAUGGGGGGAGAAAACCCUUUGUUUAUAAGUCCUCCCUCAAAAAGGAAAAAGGUUUAACCUAAAAAAAAAAAAUGAAUGAUAAUACCCUUGGGAAUUCUUAAGCAGGGUAACUAUAAUUUGUGGACCUGUCACUAGGGGGAGCGGAAUUGUUGGGUUAGGAAUUCACGCCUCAGAACUUCCAAAGACCAUUCAGUAGAAGUCAAUUUUUCUUUGUAAACAAGUUUAAUUGAAUAGUAGUAUAUAUAUGUUGAUCAAAUAAGUUUUAUUAGGGAGUGUUAUAAGAAAUUUUCAUUAACUUUAUACAAUAGUAAAACAUUUCAAGCAUUGCUGAACAAUUCUUAGUAAUUCUAAUUCUAAAUUGGAUUUCACCAAAUCUAGGGAGCUCAUUUGCUAACAUUUUCCCUUUUGAACUCAAAUAGGGCAAGUAGUAAAUCAAAGUCUCUGACACCAGACCCCACAUCCUCAUGUUACCUACCAUACCACACACCACAUUCGCCUUUGUAUCUUUGAUAUUUCUGUUCCAAUCUUAGAAAUACAAAUCUAUGCAUGUACGUUUUUAUUCUAGAAAUUAAAAACAAAACAAAACAGGCUCAGAGGGAAGAUGUUUCCUUAAGGUUGUAUAUAAUCCUCUGAGCAGCAGAUUCGAGGACAUGGUAAUAUCCUUCAUGCAUUUCUCAAAGUACCAGCCUUUCACAGUGAUGGUGAGCAAUCCUCCCACCUGUUUCACAUAGAACAUUAAAAUGGAGACUUUCCUAAUAAGGAGACUCUCCCCUGUACCCCCUCCAAUAAAGAGCAUUUGGCUCCAUGUUUCCAGUGUUUUCCUGAUCUCUCUAGGACCAUCCUUUCAGGUCUUCUAGUGGAGGUACAUUAAUUUCCUCCUCAACUCAAAAGAACCACACACAGAUUAGGGUAGUUAUAUCUUGUGUGUCAUGAAAUUAUUUUACUUUGUUUUUUGCUUUAUUUUAUAUUGGCAGGAACUUAGAAUUCAUCCAGCUAAUACCCUUAUUUUAACAUAAUA